AUGAGUGGCACAGGAACCGGCGGAGGUGGAAUGGGAGGGGCCAUGGGCCGACCCGCCAGGUCACCUGCUCCUGGAACAGAGGUAGCCAUGGGUCCUGGGGGGUGCAUGGGCGCCAGAGAAAUGGGCGGUGGCACUCGAAUGCGGGGCAGUGGCGGGGACGGAAUGCGCAGCAUUGGAAUGGGCAAAGUCGGAAAGGGUGGUGGUGGAAUGGGAGGUGGCGGAACCGGAGGUGGAAUUUGGGGGGGGGGGUGGGCGGACCUGUGUCAUCUGCUCCCGAAUCAGAAGCAGCCAUGGGCUCUGGGAGCAUGGAUGAUGGCAUGGGCAGUAGAGGAAGAAAAGGUGGUGGAGGAAUGGGCGGAGGAGGAGUGGAUGGCGGUGAAAUGGGCGGCAACAGAAUGGGUGGCGGUGGAAUGGAGGGAGGCGGAAUGGGUGGUGGUGGCAUGGGAGGGGGCAUGGGCGAACCUAAGAGGCGGGGGCAUGGCAGGCGGUGGAACGGAUGGUGGUGAAAUGCGCGGGGCAGAAUGGGUGGAGGUGGCAAUAAUGGGGGGGGGGGGGGGAAUGGGCGGCGGUGGAGUGGAUGGCAGUGAAAUGGGCGGCGGCGGAAUGGAUGGCGGUGAAAUAGGCGGCGUUGGCAAUGAUGGGGAUAGAACGGGCGGCGGUGGAAUGGGCAGCGGAGGAACCGGAGGGGGAACGGGAGGCGGAGUGGGGUCAUCUACUCCUGGAUCAGAAGCAGCCAUGGGUCCUGGUGGGGGCAUGGAUGAUGGCAUGGCUGGUGGAGUAAGGGGCGAUGAUGACAUGGGCGGCGGUGGAAUGGGCGGGGAUGGAAUGGGCUUCUCCAAUGUGGGCAGCAGCAGAAUGGAUGGCGAAUCAGCCAUGGGUCCUGGGGGCAUGGGCGCUGGGGGAAUGGGAGGCGACGGAAUAGGCGUCGGUGGCAAUGAUGCGGGCGGAAUGGGCCACGGAGGAAUGGGUGGGAUCGGAAUGGGUGGUGGUGGAACAGAUGAUGGUGAAUCGGGUGGCGGCGGAAUGGGUGGAAUGGGUGAGGGUGGGGUGGGCAGAGGAAUGGGCGGCGGAGGAUCCGAUAAUGAACUAAUUUUCAAUAAACCCCUCGUCAGUCAGCUGACAGUCACUUCCCAGCCACCUGACACUUCGGUUCACCAUCAGCCACACCUUGCAUUUCCUUCCUCCAACCUCCAAUUCCUUGAAAAACCACAUCCGUUUCCUCUUCCCUCCUCUCUUCCAAAUCCUGCUCUCUUCUCCCACUUCUAUUCAUGUGCCUCCUCCCUCCUCCCAUCCCCUCCCUCCUCUCGCCCCCUCCCUCCUCUCUUCCUAUCUCUAUUUCUGUCCUUCCUCUCCUCUUUCCUCCUCUCAUUCCUCUUCUUUUGUUCCUUCCUCUCUUCCCUCCUCACUUCAUUCCUUCACUCCUCCAUCCUGCUCUCCUCCUCCCUCCUCAUCUUCUCCCUCUUCUCAUCUCCUCCCUCCCCUCCUCCUUCCCCACUCCCCCUCUACUCUUAUCUCCCCUUCUCCCUGGCUCCCUUGUCUACUCCUCCCCUCCAUCUCUCCCUCCUCUUCCCCCCCCCCUAUCCCUGCCCCUCACUCACCCUCUCCCUCCCCUUCUCAUCCUCCUUCCCUCCCGUUCCACCAUAUUCAACCCUGUCGUACACUCACGCCCCACCAUGUGUGCAGCUGUCGUAUAGUCUUCCCACUCUUGAUGUAUUCCACCCACCCUCUGCUCCCUACGCCCUUAGCAUUCUCGCCAGGGCUCCAUUCCCCUCCACUUCUCCUCCUCUCUUCACACCAUAUCAGCACCGCCCAUUGUCGCUGCCAAUCGCUCCCUCAACUCACCCAUCUCAACAACCACUCUCCCUCUCCAUAUCUGAUUUCCUCCACUUGCCUUCCUAG